CUCCUUUCUCUCUUACAACGACUGAGGAGAAACAAUGUCGAGCCAGCCAGCACCAGGCAGCAAGGGCGCCAACUACCAUAAGGAGUGCUCGGGACCCGCCUUGGACACGGUACACAAGCACAGCAGCGAGCCACACGACGACGAAUAUGGCGAGGGCAUGACAAUCUUUGGUGCCAACUUCUGCCCGUUCGUCCACCGUGCUUGGGCGGCUCUCGAGCUGCUCGACGCUCCGUAUCGCAUGGUCGAGGUCGACCCCUAUCAGAAGCCAAAGGAACUGCUUGACAGUAAUCCGAGGGGGUUGGUGCCCGCUCUGCGCAUCGGCAAGGACAAAGUUCUAGGCGAGAGCCAGGUCAUCCUCGAGUACCUCGUCGACCGCUACGAGACGGCCGUCGAUAAGCCGGCGUUGCUGCCGCGUGGCGAUGCGUACAGGAAAGCAAGAUGCCGCCUGGCCGUAGACCAGGUCAACCGGACGCUGAUCCCAUCCUUCUAUCGCUACUUGCAGGCGCAAGAGACCGAGAAGCAGAUCGAAGGAGCAAAGGAAUUUGUUGCUGAGCUUCAAAAGUUCAACGAAUCCAUGCUGCCCGAGCAAAAGGGGCCGUUCUGGGAUGGGAGCGACUCGCUGGGCAUGGUCGACAUUGUCGCCUUUCCCUGGGUCUACCGAGCCACAAUCGUCUUGAAGCACUUCCGAGCGUUUGACAUGAGCGCAGUUGCACAGCAGGGAGGUCGCUUCGACCGAUGGAUGAAGGCCGUCUUUGGGCAUCCGGCGGUCAAGGCCACCACGAGCAACGACAACACCUACCUCGACGGGUACGCUCGCUACGCCGAGAACAGGCCCAACACAUCUCAAGUAGCGAAUGCCAUCAACUCUGGUCGGGGACUGCCCUGACAUGGACCCAUUGCCACCAAUGUCAUUUCAAGCCUUUAAGACAUCGCGCACCACCUCAGAUACCCAGGCGCCAGGCGCCUUGGCCUUGUCGACCUUGCCUGACACUGCCUUGAUGACGGCGCCCAGCAGCUUCUUUCCCUCUGCCUCUCCCUUUGCCUUGACUUCCUCGACUGUCUCGGUGAUCAGACUCCUCAGCUCGUCUUCACUGAUCCUCUCGGGAAGGAAACGGGUGAUCACUUCGCCUUCUCGGUCCUCCUUGGAAGCCAGAUCCUCACGGGGAGGCUUAGCGGCGCGAAACUGUGCGGCGGCCUCCUUUCUUCUCGCCACGGCUUUCUGCAAGAUUGAAGACAAUUCUGUUUUCUUUGCCUCCUUCGCUGCAUACUGGUGUUCCGACAGAAUCGAC